AUGUCUCUACCCCGGCCCCACGGUCUAUAUCUUGUUCAGUUCAUAGGCUAUGGCGAAUCAGGUUCUUUAGGAGACCUGUAUGCUACCAGGAAAGGGCAUCGUCAAUCGGUCGGGCUUGAUCCCAACACGCCCGAGUUUCAUGGACAGCAAGUAUUACUUGUUGAACCCGCUUCCAGAGAAGAUCCUGACGUGCAUGCAAUCAGUUUUGCACCUGAGGAAUCCUGGAGCUACAAAUCCGAAAACCCUGUACCUGGAGAGCCGAUUGUUUUGGGCCGUCCGAAAGGGUUCAGAAUGCAACGCUCAGAGAGAAGCCAAGGGAGACAUAUUUUCACCAUUGCUCCAGAAGAACAGCCUACCGGAGCGACUCUCUAUGUGGGAGCUGGAGAACAUCAGAGAGAGUUGACGCUUGUUCCUAUCCCUGUGGUCCCCGAUGCUCCUCCUGCUCCCCUUUGGGAGCUCAAGCCGUUGGAUCUGUAUAAACUGAAUAAACCCUAUAAAUUUGAUAAAAUUAUCCUCUGCCCGCUCGUUCUCGUUGGCCACGAGACUCAGACCGGUGAGGGUUGGGGAACCCCCGCGGCUGCAAAGCAGCAAGAGUGGACCGGGGGUGCGCGACAGCGAGUCUGGCUCCGACACGCAAAGGCGUGCCGCGGCACUUGGUUUGUACGAGGCCAAACGGCGGAGGAGGUCGGACGCAAGUCGACACGAUCAAUAACCUGGAGCAAGGCUGAAGCCACCCGUAAUGCUAGCCUUACGUGGUCACACCUAUGGUCAUCCCAACCUCACUCUCGCUUUGUCUCAGAACACAUCCGUCGCAACCCAUCCCUGUCCCUCCACCCCUUUUUCAAAGCUUUCCCAUACCAUCGUGCGAUUCACGCCCGGCUAAUCCAGGUCACCAUGGGUCACGCCUUCUUCGGCGAAUACCGCGAACGAUUCCGCCCCGACGAUGACCCCAGCUGCCCAUGCGGAGCCCCCGUCAGACUCUCGACCACGUCCUUCGAGCGUGCCCAUCAUUCGAUCUCGCAAGACACACCCUACGGGAAGUGUCGGGCCCCCUGCUGA